CCUGUUGCUUCUUUGGAGCUCGGGCCCUGUCACGAGCGUUUCUUGUUUCUCUCUCUACUGCUACUUUCUCUCCCUCCUGCUACUUUCUCUCUCCUCUCACUCUUUUCUCACUCAUUCUCAGAAAAAAUAAAUACUACAUAAAUAAAUAAAAAAUAAUAAAAUAAAAAUAUAAAAACUCAAAAAUUUGUGAAAAACAAAGCAAGCCCACCCAAUCCCAUAUGCUCAGAUUCUUCACCUAUUGAAACCCUUCUUUGGUUUUGUGACACUCUCUCUCCUCUUUCUCAAACCCCAAUCCACACCAAGAGCUUCUGAACCACCAAUAGUUACAGAAAGAUAUGAAGCGACAACAACACCGUCCUCCUCCUUAUCAAAGCGCCGAUAGUGGUGGUUCUUCGGCGGCGGCGGCGGCUGCUAACGGAAAAUCUAAGAUGUGGGAGGAAACCGAACAAGACGCCGGAGUGGAUGAGCUACUGGCGGUAUUGGGUUACAAGGUGAAGUCAUCAGACAUGGCCGAAGUGGCUCAGAAGCUGGAGCAGCUCGAACAAGCGAUGGGUAAUGCUCAAGAAGAUGGAUUGUCAGACUUAGUCUCAGACACCGUUCACUACAAUCCUUCAGAUCUCUCUACUUGGCUCGAAUCGAUGAUCUCCGAGCUCAAUCCUCUCUCUAAUUCGGACCCAUUUUUCACAUCUUGUGAUUACGAUCUCAAAGCCAUACCAGGUCAAGCACUUUACCCACAACACCAAAUCGAAUCAUCACCGCCGAACAAACGCUUGAAACCCAAUUCAGAUUCUUCAUCAACAAUCACACCCACAUCGCCGAUUGGGAUUUUGGGUGUUUCGAACGACGUUGUUCAAUCUUCAAGGCCGGUGAUACUGGUUGAUUCCCAAGAAAAUGGUAUUCGACUGGUCCACGCACUCAUGGCCUGUGCAGAAGCUGUGCAACAAGACAAUCUCAAGACCGCCGAAGCUCUGGUCAGGCAAAUCAGAUUCCUGGCCGAGUCUCAGGCCGGAGCGAUGAGGAAGGUCGCUGUCUACUUCGCCGAAGCUCUCGCCCGGCGAAUCUACCGAUUAUACCCACAGAACCAGCCUCAGGACUUGGCCUUCUCUGAGCUUCUGCAAAUGCAUUUCUACGAGACCUGUCCUUACCUCAAAUUCGCUCACUUCACGGCCAAUCAGGCCAUUCUCGAGGCUUUCGAGAACAAGAAUCGAGUUCACGUCAUCGAUUUCAGCUUGAAACAGGGGAUGCAAUGGCCGGCUCUGAUGCAGGCUUUGGCUCUCCGGCCUGGCGGUCCACCUGCGUUUAGGUUGACCGGAAUUGGGCCGCCGUCACACGACGGUACGGACCAUUUGCAGGAAGUGGGUUGGAAAUUGGCUCAAUUGGCGGAUACGAUUCAUGUGGAGUUUGAAUUCAGAGGGUUUGUGGCUAACAGUUUGGCCGAUCUGGAAGCAUCGAUGCUUCAUCUGAAAGAGGAUGAGGUUGUGGCUGUGAAUUCGGUGUUCGAAUUGCAUGAAUUGUUGGCUCGGCCUGGUGCAAUUGAGAAGGUGUUGUCGGCAGUGAAAGAGAUGAAGCCGGAGAUAUUGACGGUGGUGGAGCAAGAAGCGAGCCACAAUGGGGUGAGUUUCUUGGAUCGGUUCACCGAGUCGUUGCAUUACUACUCGACUAUGUUCGACUCGUUGGAGAGUUGCGGCGGCGGUGCUGGUGGUGGUUCUUUGUCUGUGGCGGCGGCGGCAACGGUGAGUGAUCAGGACAGGGUCAUGUCGGAGGUGUACUUGGGGAAGCAGAUACUGAACGUUGUGGCCUGUGAAGGGUCGGACCGAGUUGAGCGACACGAGUCGCUGACUCAGUGGCGAGUCAGGUUGGGUUCGGCUGGGUUGGAGCCGGUUCACUUGGGCUCCAACGCGUUCAAGCAGGCGAGCAUGUUGUUGGCUCUGUUCAACGGCGGGGAUGGUUACAGAGUGGAAGAGAACGAUGGAUGUCUGUUGCUGGGUUGGCACACUCGGCCACUCAUUUCCACUUCCGCUUGGAAACUCACCUAAGAUCCGAGUCAACUCAGUAAAACACCUUUUCACAAUUCUCGAACUUAACUCUGCUCAAUCAGCUUGGAAACUUAGCUAGGAUCCGAGUCAACUCAGUUAGAGGCGUCAUGGAGUAUCAAAACCCUAACUUCAGAUCGGAAACUUAGCUAGGAUCUGAGUCAACUCGGUUGUGACACCUAACUGAGUUGAUCAAAACCCUAAGUUCAGUGUUGUUUGCUGAGCUGGGGUAAGGCUUGACAAGAGUGAGACCCACCACUCCCAAGUGUUGUCCUAAACCUUUACUUUACCUACCCUUUUUGGUUUUUUUUCAUUUUAGGAGACUCCUUUUUUACUUUGUUUAAGUGGAAUCUUGUAUUUUUUUUUGGUGAAUCUAAAAAGGCCAAUGUAUAUUUAUAUACAUAGUAGCUUUUCUUAAUAAAAAGAUGGCACUUUUUGGGAGUUUGAAGUGGAA